CAGUGAACUUUUGGAAUGGCACACACACACACACACACUCCCAAACAUGGUGUCUCAGUCUCCACCCCGUCCUCUACUCUUCCCACUCUUUACCAUCCCCCUUUUCCCGCUCCCCUCCUUGCUGUUGUGAAACACUCUAAAAUCUACGUACCUCACCCACAGACAGUUGAAGAGAUGGAUACAAAUGCAGGUAGUGAGCCCACACAGCUGAUGGAGGGACCAAGCACACAAACUGCCGGUGGCACUAAACCGCUGCACCGCUUCCUCAGAGGAGAGCCAAGAACUGUUGGGAUUGUGCUGUUGUUCCUUGGCCUUUGUCUGUUCUUGUUUGGGAUUCCUAUGAAGGGGGACGUGGUGGAAACAUCAGAAGAAAGCUAUAGCCCUUUUUGGCUGGGCAUCUUGUACUUCAUUUGUGGUAUUCUCUACAUACAGUCAGAACGAAACACCACAAAAAAGAUGGUCACAAUUAGUCUUGUGUUUAGUAUCCUCGCAAUACUGGGGACUAUAAUUGGUAUAAUAAUCUUCAGCAAAAGUUUAGACACACACCAUCAUUAUAUGACGUAUCGAGAUUUCAGCUUCGAUGAAACAGAAGUGUCCAUGGAACAUUAUAUGCAGCUCUACAGCCUGGAAGCCGUGUUCCUGUUCCACAGCUUGGUGGCGGGAGUGAUCCUCAUUGCCAUGUCUGUAUUUGCCCGUCUAGCGCUGCACUCAAGUCAUACGCGGAUGCUUGUGGUCAUGCGUUACCCACCUUCAGCAGAGUAGGCCUCUUUAGAGAGACCAUGGGUGAACUCCAAACACUAGUCUGUGAUACAGAGCUCUUAUUAGAAUUCAUUCUAACAUGUAGCUGUAGUCCAGUAAAAUUAAAAGGACAGGUUAUUUGUGACAGUGUGUGCAGGAAGGAACUGAAAGCUGUUUGCUUAACUGAUAAUUAACUCAGCUAUUCAGGCCUUACUGUAUGAUUGCUAGAAAUAAUUACUGUGAAAAAGUCUUGUUAGAAUGGAUUCUCUAUGUUCUAGCGUUUGGGAUGGAGCACAUUUCUAUCUCACCAUUCUUUUCCUUAUUGGCAUAAAAAAAAAAACUGAAAUGUGAAACAUUUCACAAUAACCUACACAUAAACAUUGUACUAAUUCACAUAUGGAAAUGUAUAUUGCCAAAUAAUCUUCUUAAUUUUGUAUUAAAUAACCUAACAAAUCAAUGAUGACAUUUUGAUGUAAACAGCCACUGACCAUAAUAAUUUUGUUUUUGUAUGUUCAGUGUAUGUUUGUAUUUACAGCUCCUCAUAUAGUUAUUAUGCAUCUCAUGCAUUGUUACCAAUUGUUAAAUAAAUGACAGUAUAGCUUUAGACCAAUUGCUAGCUUAUAAAACCGUCUAAAACUCCCCAUGGCCAUGGAGACGAGAACGUCCUGGCUGCAGCCUGCAGAACGGGACUGAUCUGCACUUUUGGCGGGGCUUCAUGUGUCACUCACCCAUAACCAGUCUCACUGGUUAAUGGCAAUGAAUUGACACCUCAGCAUGUUCUCACUGGACUGUAUACACUGUCGCUUCCACUUUUAGUCUCAGUGGCUAGGACAACUUUCAGUGUUGCGCCAGAAGCUUUUUACACUCACUGCUUGCAAGAUCUUCCAUGGAUUAUUCUGAACGAUGUCAAUCGCAUUAUGAGGUUGGCAUCUGUCAUUCCCUAGUAAGAAGAAGAAUGGCUUUAAACUGUAUGUUUCAAAUUAUAUCCACAACUUUGAGGGUCUCAGGCUAACAAGCUAACUAGCUUUGUUUGUGACAGUUCAUACUCUAAUACAUUUCAUUUUCUAUCUAGUUAACCUUUUUUUUUUUUUUUAAAUAAUUAAAAAAAAAAAAAGAUAUUCUGGUUUUAUAGUUGAUUUUUAUAUCUAUUUUUUAAAAACAAAAACAUAUUCAUAUGUAGUGUCUUGCCUUAAUCCAGUGCUUACUUAAAUUAAUAAAAAUGUUGUAUAAUA